UGGCACAAGUGACAACUCUGCAACCAAUCCAUAAACAAAAAAAUUUUGUGUAAACGAGAAACAAAAAGCGGAAGUUGAAAAACAACACUGUAGCGUAUAGUUUGGACCCUUAUGAUUUGUUAAGUUUCUGUUUUGGAAAAUGGGAUGCUGAGACAGCCCUGAACAGGUACUUCAUAUACUUUGAGCCCCACAAAACCAACGACGCAUUUAAUCAAUGUUCUCCAACGGAUUGCCGUGCAAUCUGUCGUUUCCGAGCUGUCUUAGUGUACCAAAAGACGAGAUCGGUAAUGAAGAGCUCCUGCCAUCCAAUAUGGGGACUCGCGAGCCUGUUAUACUCAAUGUCUACGAUAUGUACUGGAUCAACGAGUACACCACCUCAAUCGGUCUGGGCGUAUUUCACUCCGGCGUAGAAGCGUUCGGCACAGAAUUCGCCUACGGUGGACAUCCAUUCCCGUUUACGGGUGUAUUUGAGAUCUCACCGCGGGAUCACGACGAGUUGGGCGAUCAGUUCCAGUUCCGGCAGAGCAUCCAAAUCGGCUGCACCGACUUCACGUACGAGGAGGUGCGACGAAUCGUCGAGGAGCUGGGCAAUCAGUUCCGGGGCGACCGAUAUCAUCUCAUGAACAACAAUUGCAACCACUUUUCGGGCUCUUUAACUCAGAUACUUUGCGGCCAAGAAAUACCCAGCUGGGUCAAUCGUUUAGCGCAUUUCAGCUCCUGUGUGCCAUUUCUACAAAGAUGUUUGCCAAAAGAAUGGCUGACACCGAAUGCCUUGCAGCAAAGCAUUACCACAAUCCAAGAACGCGAAGACUCCGACAACAGCCCCCUUUGAGACGUUACCUGACCGAAAAUACACAAGCGAUCAUAGUUCACAUCCAACAACAGUCGUAAGACCAACAUUGUUAAGUUACACAGAGCGAAAAGCCGGGUUACUCAUGUCACAUCAAUUUCCAAGCCUACAAAGCCCCUAAAUAGAAAGCAACAACUAUUAUGAAUAGACUUAAAUUAGGCGAAAUACAUACAUACUUACAUAGAACAUAACUACAUUGAGACAUACUUAUACAUAAAUGCGAAGUGACUAAAUUA